UUAAAUUUUAAAUCAGAAUCUGAUCAAAGUGGUUUUUACUCUGUGAAGCUUAACUUUUUUUUUUCAUCUCCCAACCCCACGUUCCCUCUCUAUCGUAUGUUUUUAUAUUCACAAUGGUAGAUUUUAAUUAAAAUCCUGUUGAAAGUUCCACAUAGCCACUCUUUCAAAUUAUAUUAACCAUUCAGACUUGUUGCUAAAAUGUACUUCUAGCUAAAAGCUCCUUAAAAUCAUGCUAAGAUGUUGUGUAGUGCUUUUUAAAGACUAAAUAAUUUAGUAACAAUGAUUAAACAAACAAAAAAUGCAAGACCCUUUUUCAAAGCGAUGUUGUCUACAUUUAUCAGUUUUGGGCCUGGGUUCGAGAUUCUGGCUCCCCACCAGCAGGAAGGAAUGCUUCACAAGAGGAGAAGCAGGUCUGCAGGUGUCUAUCUCUCUUCCUGUCACUUUCCCCUUCCUCGAUCAAUUCUCUGUCCUAGUCAAAAAAAUAGAAAAAAUGGCCACCAGGAGCAGAAGAGAGAGAAGUAGAUCUGCAUACAGUUCAUUUGAUUUUGUAAGCAUGCAAUGAAAAUGCUCAAACAACUGUAUACCUUCAGGAUUCAGAACAGCUCAAAAGAAUUGCUGCAAAAAAAAAAAAAUCAGAAUUGCUGCAAAAUUGGUAUGAUAGAAUAGUGAAGGACUUUAUUUGGAUUUAGGCUCACUGUAGUAUGGUUUCUAGAACCAAUAUUAAUGCCUAAACUGUUUUUCUCCCCCUAAGGCCACAUGAUUUUCUAAAAGAAAGGAAGGAUGAAAAGAAAGAAAGGAAGAAAGAAAGAUUGCUUCUAAUGAAAUCAGUAGUUUUAGUUUUCUGUGUAUAUUUUAGUGCUACAGACUGCAAUUCUAAAUUAGGCUUGCUUUUACUAUAUCGUUUUACACUUGAUUUAUAAUUGAUUACCUGGGGACACCAGGGUAGGCAGUGUUGUGAAUUGUAUACUGGUAAACUACUUGGUAGAAACAUGCUUUCUAUUUUUUAAUGGGUAUAAUUACUUUUAAAGUCAAACAAGGUUCAGUUUUGUGCCUGAUUUUCUUUGAAAAUAUGGAUCUGUUAUCUGGAGGGUGCAGAUGAUGAUGUUUUGAUACCAUAUUAAUAUGUUUGCUGCCGCUACUAAGAGCUUUGUUAAGCAAGUUGGAGAUGGAGGGAGAUUAGUUCCUGUCCCGAGCCUCAGUGAGGCUGACAAAUACCAGCCUCUAAGUCUGGUGGUCAAAAAGAAGCGAUGCUUUCUGCUUCCUAGAUAUAAAUUUACCUCAACACCAUUUACACUGAAAGAUAUUCUUCUAGGAGACAGAGAAAUUUCAGCUGGUAUUUCAUCUUACCAAUUACUAAAUUAUGAAGAUGAAUCAGAUGUGUCUCUCUAUGGAAGGCGAGGCAACCAUAUUGUAAAUGACGUUGGGAUUAACGUUACUGGAUCAGAUUCCAUUGCAGUAAAAGCUUCAUUUGGUGUAGUAACCAAACAUGAAGUGGAAGUAUCAACAUUGCUCAAAGAGAUUACUACACGAAAAAUUAAUUUUGAUCACAGCUUGAUCCGUCAGUCAAGGAGCAGCAGAAAGGCGGUAUUAUGUGUGGUGAUGGAGAGUAUUCGGACAACACGUCAGUGCUCACUGUCUGUGCAUGCUGGGAUCCGAGGGGAAGCCAUGCGGUUUCAUUUUAUGGAUGAACAGAACCCCAAGGGAAGGGACAAAGCUAUUGUCUUCCCAGCACACACCACAAUAGCUUUCAGUGUGUUUGAACUGUUCAUUUACUUGGAUGGUGCCUUUGACCUUUGUGUCACUUCAGUGUCAAGAGGAGGAUUUGAAAGGGAAGAAACAGCAACAUUUGCCUUCCUCUACAGACUGAGAAACAUACUAUUUGAAAGAAAUAGAAGAGUGAUGGAUGCCAUUUCUCGUUCACAGCUUUACUUAGAUGAUCUUUUUUCUGACUACUAUGACAAGCCUUUCAGCAUGACUGAUAUUUCACUCAAAGAAGGGACUCAUAUUCGAGUUAACUUACUUAAUCACAACAUUCCAAAAGGACCUUGCAUCCUCUGUGGAAUGGGGAACUUAAAGAGGGAGACAGUCUAUGGGUGCUUUCAGUGCUCUGUGGACGGGCAGAAAUACGUGAGACUUCAUGCAGUUCCUUGUUUUGAUGUUUGGCAUAAGAGAAUGAAAUAAAAUGAAAAAAAUAUUUGCACUUCACUUUCUUAGGUAUAACUCUACCACACAUCUUCCCAAAAUUAUUAGGUUCACUUCGUUAAAUUAAAAAGGCAGAGGAAAGAAAAAUUAACCUAUCUGGACAUCAUAUUCUGUUACAAAGUAGAAGUGAUAAUGUCUACCUCAUAAAUUUUCAUAAAGAUUAGUAAUGCCAUUUACAUAAGAAAGGCUUGAAUAUAAAAUUGUUUGUAAAAUCUGCCAUUUGCUUGAGAAAUGUUUUUGAGGAUUAGUCUGUGAUUUUAGAUAAACUUUUACAGAGAUUUUCUACUUAGUGAUUUUAUUUUUAAUUGGUGUUUAACCCAACAUUUAAGGAUGACAGGAGUGUACUGAUGAUGACUUUAUGGUAUUUUAGAUAUUGUCCUAGUCCAGUAAAAUGAGAAAAAAUGUGUCAAUAAUUUAAUGUAAUUCUAAAUGUUUAAUUGUAGUAUCACAUUAAAAUCAUACUGAGCUCAGCUCGGAGCUUUGUGUACACAGUUACCAGGGUGACUAACGGCAGUAUUGGACCACCAUUCUGCUCACUAGUUUUGUCUUUAUAAGAACUCACUGCUUAUUGUCAAAUGUAAAACAUUAAUUCCCCAACAAAGAAAUAAAAAGUAAACAUAGUUUAUCUGUUGACUAUGUCAUUAUUGAAAUUAAAAAGAAAAAAAAGAACUCACUGCUGUCAUGUUAAAGUCAUCUAUGACACAUUUUUCUCCUCCAAGCAUGUUUAAAACACUUAAUAUAUAGACUUUUGAGAAAUCUUAUGUACUCUUGGUAGUAUUUGAAAUUUUUCAUGUACAUGCUUACUCUAAAUCGUUAAUUUAGUAUGCAACCUUAUAAUAACUGAAAACACGGUAAUAUUCUAGGACUCAAUGUACAUAUCUUAUAAAAAUUGCAGUCCUAUGAAAGUGUAAAGCAGCUGUGAAGAAAAUAUGAAAUA